GCAACUGCACCAGUCUUCCUUUGUGUGUAAGACAGUACAGCUAAACCUAGCUUCACUGGUCAUGUUCAGGAGGAAACCUCAUAGGCCAGUGAACAGCUGUUAUGUCACAUGCACAAUGUAUGCGACAUCAUCCUCAUCACAGCACUUGUGGCAGGAGACACUGAAGUAUCAGCAUAUUUAGGGAGCAUAAGUUAUGGAAAAAUGAAAGGUGUCAUAACAAAGUAUACUUGGCCCCGCAAAAAACAAGCCUCAUAUGGGUCUGUAGAUGGAAAAAUAAGAGUUAUGGCUAUUAUAUGACGAGGAGGAAAAAACGAAGGUGCAGAAACUAAUAAAGACCUCAUUUACUUACUAUUUUGGUUGAAAUUAUCUUAUCUACCAGGACAAGUGGAUUUUCUUGAGGGACAGGUGACUUCCCUGAACUGAUGAGUGCUACCGUCCUCCUUUCAAAGAACUCUAAAAAAUGAAGCUGCAUCUAUGCUUUGGCACAUCUUUUAUUACUUCUUUUGGGUAAAUGAGGAGUAGUCAUGUUAUUAUGCUGACAUCUCAGCAUGAAUUUGGUAGACCUGUGGCUAACACGUUCUCUCUCCAUGUGUCUGCUUCUACAAAGCUUUGUUCUGAUGAUACUGUGCUUUCAUUCUGCCAGUAUGUGUCCCAAAGGCUGUCUUUGCUCUCAUUCCGGAGGCUUAAAUGUCAGCUGCAGUAAUGCAAAUCUCAAGGAAAUACCUAGAGACAUUCCCCCUGAAACUGUUUUACUCUACCUAGACUCCAAUCAGAUAACCUCUAUCCCUAAUGAGAUUUUUAAAGAUCUCCAUCAGCUCAAAGUUCUCAACUUAUCCAAAAACGCCAUCGAAUUUAUAGAUGAACACUCUUUUAAAGGAGUAGCAGAGACCCUGCAGACUCUAGAUCUGUCAGAUAACCAGAUUGUAAGUGUCCAUGAAAAUGCUUUUAAUAACUUGAAGGCAAGGGCCCGUAUUGCUAACAACCCCUGGCAUUGUGACUGUACUCUUCAGCAAGUUUUGCGAAGCAUGGCAUCUAAUCACGAGACUGCCAGCAAUGUAAUCUGCAAAACAGCUGUGCUGGAUGAACAUGCGGGACGGGCAUUCCUGACUAAUGCUAAUGAUGCCGAUCUCUGCAAUCUUCCUAAAAGGACAACAGAUUAUGCCAUGUUGGUCACUAUGUUUGGCUGGUUCACCAUGGUGAUAUCAUAUGUGGUAUACUACGUACGACAAAACCAAGAAGAUGCAAGACGGCAUCUUGAAUACUUGAAAUCCCUGCCAAGCAGGCAAAAAAAACCUGAUGAAGCUGAUGACAUUAGCACUGUGGUAUAGUAUUUGAUGCAGGCUUAGGCAAUUUGUGGUUCAGCCAGAGACAUAGCAGAAAAUGCCAAGUUCUUUGGGCUAACAAAAGCUGGAAAGCCACACGCUGCCUACCCCCGAUCUAACGUAUCAAAGACUGAGAGAAGAUUUUGGUAAUAGAUCAGAUUUCAUUAGAACAAACCAGUUUAGUUCUAAUGUUUGUUGUAAACCUUUUUGCCUUUUUGAGAAUAUCUACAGUAGCAAAUUUUAUGCCACUGUUAUAAAAACAAUACAACAGUACAAGAUAACCUUUGUCUGGAUGGUACGCAGUUGUCUCUUUGAUGGUAUUCCAAUCAACUUAAUUAACUACUUAGUACAUUAUCAUAACUUAGAAUGCAUUUCACUAUUUAAUAUUGAAAUAUUUAUUUUUUUAAUUUCUAAGAAAAUAAAGGCUUAACUUUAAACUGUGUAAUACAUAGUUAACUUGAUCAAUCGUUCUUUAAUAUAUAAUAAAUGACUGGGUUAACUGAUUUAUUUUUAUAGGUUAGUAACCAUUAUGCAAAAUUGGUAUUGGUUUAAUAUAAAAUACAAUGGGCAGUAAGAAAUUAAUAUGAGUUCUUUUUAUAUUCCUUCCAAGUUUAUAUAUAAUAUAUAUAUAUAUAUAUAUAUAUAUAUAUAUAUAUAUAU